AUUGUGUGUCAACAGGCAGUUCACUUGACGUUUCUGUAACCUAACCUAUUUCCACUGUAAUCCAUAGUUGGUAGUCUUCGACUUAUUGUGAAUUAUCUAAGUAUUUUCUUUUUGAACACAUAAAAUUUGACGAAUAAUAUAAACUUUAUCUUACAAUGGCCGAAGAAGUGCAAAAGAAGUGGCAAAAAGAAUUCGAAAUUUUUAAUAAUUUAAAAAAAGAAUACCACAAGGCAGUAACACAGAAACAGCAAUUGGACAGUCAAUUGAACGAAAAUAAAGCUGUAAAAGAAGAACUUUUAUUAUUGAAAAAGGAUGCUGAAGUCUACAAACUCAUUGGACCAGUUUUAGUAAAGCAAGACUUAGAAGAAGCAAAACAAAAUGUGGCCAAACGAUUAGAAUAUAUCAGUAAAGAAAUAAAAAGAUCGGAUGGAAACAUUUCAGCUUUAGAAAAUAAACAAGAAGCUGUGCAUGAAAAUCUAAAUAAAUUGAAAAGUAACCUGGAUAAUUUGAAAAUUGCUGCCUAGAUAACGCUGUUUUGUAUAAAUAUAACUUGUGGUAAUUUUUAUUGUAAUUUCAAGUAUUUUUUUAUUAUUUCUAGUAACAUUCUAAGAAACACUCAAGAUUAAUUUUAAAGUUGUGUAUGAAGAAAUUUAUAA